GGAGGAGUUUCACUGUGUCUUUACUGUAGCUGGUUAACACCGCUGUUUAAGCAAGCACAUUAUCACUUAGAAAACACGACGUUUGUAAGUUCCCCUCCCGGACCGGAAUCAAAAUACAGAUGAUUACAGAGCAGCCCGGUUAAGUGGUGUACAGGUGCUUAGCAGACAGCCAUGGAUACCACCACCUCCCUAAAGAUGACCUCUCUGGCUGUCCAGAGUCUGUUCAGCUUCGUAGAGGAGGAGAAUCUGGCUGCCAUCAAAGCACAUUUGGACAAGUUCAAGGAUGUGGACAGCAGGAGCGAUAACGGACAGACUCCCCUGAUGGUGGCAGCAGAGCAGGGCAAUCUGGAGAUCCUACAAGAGCUCAUUAGGAGAGGAGCCAACGUUAACUUGGAUGAUGUUGACUGCUGGACAGCGUUGAUCUCGGCAGCUAAGGAGGGACACAUUGAGGUAGUGAGGGAACUGCUGGAGAACAAUGCCAACCUGGAACACAGAGACAUGGGAGGCUGGACUGCUCUCAUGUGGGCAGCCUAUAAAGGUCGCACAGAUGUGGCCCAGCUGCUGUUAGAAAAAGGAGCUAACCCUAACAUCACUGGACAGUACAGCGUCUACCCCAUUAUCUGGGCGGCGGGUCGAGGCCACGCAGAGAUUGUCCAUCUCCUGCUGCAGCACGGAGCCAAGGUCAACUGCUCAGACAAGUAUGGCACCACUCCUUUGAUUUGGGCGGCCAGGAAGGGCCACUAUGAGAGUGUGAUGCACCUCCUGGCCAAUGGAGCUGAUGUGGACCAGGAAGGAGCAAAUUCAAUGACGGCUCUGAUUGUGGCGGUGAAAGGUGGCUACACUGAGGUUGUCAAGGAGCUGCUGAAGAGAAACCCAAAUGUUAACAUGACAGACAAGGAUGGCAGCACAGCCCUCGCCAUUGCUGCCAAGGAGGGACACACAGAGAUUGUGCAGGACUUGCUCGACGCCGGCACCUAUGUCAAUAUUCCAGACAGGAGUGGGGAGACGAUGCUGAUUGGAGCAGUGAGAGGAGGGCAUGUGGAGAUAGUCCGAGCUCUGCUGAACAAAUACGCUGAUAUUGACGUCAGGGGCCAGGAUGGAAAGACUGCCCUCUACUGGGCAGUGGAGAAAGGCAACGCCACCAUGGUGAGAGACAUCCUGCAGUGUAAUCCUGACACCGAGAGCUGCACCAAGGAGGGAGAGACUCCACUUAUCAAAGCCACAAAAAUGAGAAACAUAGAGAUAGUGGAACUGUUGCUGGAUAAAGGAGCCAAGGUGUCUGCAAUGGACAAGAAAGGAGACACGCCCCUCCACAUUGCCAUCCGAGGGCGAAGUCGGAAGUUGGCCGAGCUGCUCCUGAGGAACCCUAAAGAUGGCCGCCUGUUGUACCGUCCCAACAAAGCUGGAGAGACACCGUACAACAUAGAUUGCACCCACCAGAAAAGCAUCUUGACACAGAUAUUUGGAGCCAAGCACUUGUCCCCCUCUGAGUCAGAUGGAGACAUGUUGGGUUAUGACCUAUAUAGCAGCGCUUUAGCAGACAUCCUCAGUGAGCCCACCAUGCAGCCGCCAAUCUGUGUUGGCCUGUACGCUCAGUGGGGUAGCGGCAAGUCUUUCCUUCUUAAAAAACUGGAGGAUGAGAUGAAGACAUUUGCGGGCCAGCAGAUAGAGCCGUUGUUCCAGUUCUCCUGGCUGGUGGUCUUCCUCACCCUGCUACUCUGCGGCUCAGUGGCCGUUGUUCUGGGCUUUACUGUCGAUCCCAAGUUGGCAAUCGCCGUCUCCCUCAGCCUCCUCGCACUGCUCUACAUCUUUUUUGUGUUGGUGUACUUUGGAAGCCGACGUGAGAGGGAAAGCUGGAACUGGGCAUGGGUCGUCAGCACCCGUCUGGCUCGCCAGGUCGGUUACCUGGAGCUGCUGCUCAAACUGAUGUUUGUCAAUCCUCUUGAACUUCCUGAACAGACCACUCGUGCCCUGCCUGUCAGGUUCUUGUUCACGGAUUAUAAUCGUCUGUCCAGUGUUGGAGGAGAGACCUCCAUGGCUGAAAUGAUUGCCAUGCUGUCAGAUGCCUGCGAGAGGGAAUUUGGCUUCCUGGCUACCAGACUCUUUAGGGUUUUCAAGAACGACGAGGUCCAAGGUCAAAAAUGGAAGAAAACUUGUUGCGUUCCCUCGUUUGUGCUGUUUGCAUUGACACUAGGCUGCCUAAUCACUGGUGUGGCACUGUUGGCUAUCUUUAAGGUGGACCCAGCGAAUCUGACAGUAAAUGCUGUGUUGAUAGCUAUGGCUAGUGUGGUGGGCCUGGCCCUACUGCUCAACUGUAGGACCUGGUGGCAGGUGGCUGACUCCGUCUUCAAGUCCCAGAGGAAACGCCUGCACAGUGCUGCCAACAACUUGCACCAGCUCAAGAGUGAAGGAUUUAUGAAGGUUCUGAAGCACGAAGUGGAGCUUAUGUCAAAAAUGGCCAAAACUAUUGAUGGCUUUACCCAGAACCAGACGCGCAUGGCCGUCAUUAUUGAUGGGCUGGAUGCUUGUGAACAAGACAAAGUGCUGCAGAUGCUAGACACGGUCAGGGUCCUCUUCUCCAAAGGCCCUUUUAUCUCCAUCUUUGCCAGCGACCCUCAUAUAAUCAUCAAAGCUAUCAACCAAAACCUUAACAGUGUACUGAGAGAUUCCAAUAUCAAUGGACACGACUACAUGCGAAACAUUGUCCACCUGCCCGUAUUUCUUAACAGCAGAGGACUAAGUACGGCCAAAAAACUUUGCAUGGAAACCCCCACCAAUGGAGAGGCAGUCCCUGCUGAUGGAUGGCAUGAAGACAUGGACAGGAGGGUAUCUCAGGGCAGCCUGGCCCAAGACCAGGUCAAGUUGGGCGGCAAGAGCACCCUUAGUCGCAGGGACACAUACCGACGUCGCCAGAUGCAGAGGACCAUCACCAGACAGAUGUCCUUCGACCUGACCAAGCUGCUGGUGACUGAGGACUGGUUCUGUGACAUCAGCCCACAGACCAUGAGGAGGUUGCUCAACAUUGUUUCUAUCACAGGUCGCCUGUUGCGAGCCAAUCAGAUCAUCUUCAACUGGGAUCGACUGGCAUCGUGGAUCAAUCUGACAGAGGAGUGGCCUUACAGGACAUCAUGGAUCAUCCUCUUUUUGGAAGAGGCUGAUGGAGUGUCUGACCAGGUCACUCUCAAGACAAUCUAUGAAAGAAUCUCCAAGAACAUCCCCACCACUAAAGACGUGGAGCCUCUGCUGGAGAUCGAUGGAGACAUCCGUAGCUUCGAGGUGUUCCUCUCCUCCCGGACACCUGUUCUUACUGCCAGAGAUGUGGAGAUGUUUCUGCCCUGCACCGUCAACCUGGACCCCAAACUCAGGGAGAUCAUAGCAGAUGUUCGUGCGGCCAGGGAGCAGAUGCACAUAGGAGGAGUGACCUAUCCCACACUGCCCCUGCAAGAGGCAGUGCCCCGUCCCCAGUCAGGUUAUGGCCACCACUCAGCUGCCUGCUCCCCAACAGGCUCCUUCGCCGGAUCCCUACCUCCUCAACCCCACAGUGCCUACUUCAGUGGAAUGACUGGCCCUCAGCACCCCUUCUACAACCGGCCUUAUUUCCCCCAUCACGUGUAUCACCUGCCACGGCAUUACUCCCACCAUUUCCCCUCAUCCUCGCGCCCCUCCAUUAAACCACCCGGUCUACCCCAGGACACCAAUGGACUUCAUUUAAAGUCGAUGCCUUACAAAUUAAAGCAGAUGUGUCCUGCAGUCCUGCUCAGCUCGCUGAACACGGAUGCAGUGUGUGAGCGUCUCAGACAGAUUGAUGGAAUCGACCCCAACAUGCUGUCUCAGUACACUUCCACUAUCAAGAAGGCUAAUAUAAAUGGCCGGGUGCUUACUCACUGCAACCUGGAUGAGCUGAAGAAAGAGAUGGAGAUGAACUUUGGCGACUGGCAGCUCUUCAGGGGAAUGGUGAUGGAACAACGGCAUGCUGAAAGCCAGGCAGUGCUGCAGGAUGAAUCCCGAGCUGCUAGCGAGCAGGGCAGCAGUGUGCACCACGGGGAGGCCACCAGACGCUCAGGAGGAGCCCAGCAUGAAGCAGCGACCUUCAGCCUCAACCUCAGCUUCGAGGAGCUCAGUGGAGUGGGGCUGGAGGAGCCACCGAGACGCAACAACAACAACUCGCACUGGCCGGUGGCAAAUCACCGCACUUCAAGCAUGUCCAGCCUAAACUCCCAGGAAUCCUCUAAUGACAUCUGCAAGCUGACAGACAAGCAGCAGGCUGAGUAUCGUGAUGCCUACAGGGAGUACAUCGCUCAGAUGGCCCAGCUGGAGAUGUCCGGCAGUGGGGGAGAGAGGCCCGUACAGCCCCACCCUGGACAGUUCCUUCAGGCUGCCAGCUCAGAGGACAAAGGGGUCAAGGAAGGAGCUGACCAAGACAGCCGCAAGUCCUUCACCAAGAGAGGCUCCAAGAGUAGCGAUGCCACAGAUUUUGCCUCAGGGACCGAUGCUCAGCCUCUAGAUCCGAUCAGUGAAGAGGAUGAGAAGCUAGACCACAGCUCAUCCUCCAGGACCUCAGGCUGCAGAAAGAAGGCAGCAGGAUCAUACUAUCACAAGCUGCCCAACGAUGAAGACUCAGGCCCAGAAGAAGCUGACAACACCACACCUCUCCUCCACAAAGAGGCAAGAGCUGAUGCUCUGUCUUCCCAAGGAGGCUCCCAGCCCACUGGGCUUUUGACCAAGCCUGGCUUCCUCAAUGAAAUCCUCUUGGAUAAGAAGGACUCGUCCGAUUCAGGGAUGCGCUCCAGUGACAGUUCCUCAGACCGCUCCCUCGAGGAGGCCGAAGGAGACACCGACAGAGAGAGAGAAGCCACGAAGCACAGUCUGAUUGAACUGGAGCUGGAGGGGUUGGUGAAGAAGAGAGGCCUCCUCCCCAGCAGCCUGAGCGGCCUCGGGGACCCCACUGUGGCCCGCAUGUCCAUCUGCUCCGAGGCUCCGUCCGAAGCCAGCCUAAUGGCCAGCAGCCCAGAUGAGGGAUGGCCGUCCAGCGGGGUCAGCAACCUCAACCGCACCGUCAGUAACACCACCCUUAAUAACAACACCAGCAGCCCUACCGACACCAACACUAACACCAACAACAGCCAUCAGCACCAGGCUAACAUCACAGGCACAGAGUCCACCACCUCCUCCUCCUCCUCCUCCAGCAUCGUCUCGCCAGCUGUCAUCAUCACCCCUGGUAGCAGUACUGCCAACACCACGGCUGCCACCAUCCACCACAACCAGAACCUGCGCACCAUCAGUCUGGGAGACGAGCGGGAGAGUGUCCUCUGAGAAGCCAUAUGUGUUCAUUAUUCUAAGAAGGGUCAUGUAGGCUGUUGUUGUUGGUGACACAGUUGUACUGCUGAUGUUGUGACGUGUUCCAAAGAAUUAGAGUAGCUAUCAGUGUUCUGAAAAUGUUGAAAGUGUUGGUGUAAUUUAAGGGUAGUGCGUCUAAAAGAUUCAAAUAUUUGUUAGGUAAGAAAAACAAUCACCUCUAUAUAAAGGACGUGAUAUAGUUACAUUUUGAAAGUUAGUGUUACCAAAAACAUUUCAGUCGGGUCAAAUCAUAGUUGAUUUCUCUCAUGUUACAAAAAUUUUGUCGUCUCAUAUUUGGAUAGUAAGUGUAAUUUAUCUCCCAUAUGAAAGUGGUGCCGUUGUGUGAAGUCUGUGUGUUUAGUGAAGGAAUCCUUACAUAACGUGUUUGAGAAAAGGUAGUCACGACUGGAGGAUCUUAGCAAUGUUACCGAAGUGUUGUGUCUCCAAAGCGUAUCGUGCAGUGCUGUUUGUAGUUGAAACAUUUCAAAUAGAUGAAAUCUACGUAGACAGUGGUGCAGUGCCGUGUUGGUAGUUUCUGUGAUAAAGAAGCGCAUGAACUAGAUUCCAAAGGGGUGUUUGUCUUUUCCAAAGUACCUGGUGAAAGUGCAAAUCAAUAAAUAUUUUUGCUGUGUGGACCCUUAAAA